CCAACACAAGAGGGAGAAAGAGCGAGAGGGAGAGACGGCGAGAGAGCGAGGAAGAGCGAGCGAGGGCGAGAGAGAGGAAUGGCGUAUCGGUGCUGUGCUCUUUGAGCCAGUGUUUGGAGCCGGUUUUGGAGCCCUUUGAGUGAGAUUAAACAUGGUGAACACACGGAAAAGCUCACGACCGGGCAGUGGCCACUUUAUCUCCUCCAGAACCCGCUCGUCGUCGAGGAACGAGCGGAACACAGACGAGCAUAAGGAGAUGAGCAGUGAUGUGAGCAGUGCGCGGCUCAGCCCGCCUGCCAAGCGGCCACACAGGCAGAGGACGUCGGAACCCAGUUCCAGCGACACGUCCCCCUCACCCCAGACCAAAGGCCAGAGGGUUAGCUGGGACAUUCCCACCUACCGGACCAGGUUGUCAUCUCGCAUCAUGCAAAAUGGGCACGGCCAUAUGGCCCAUCGAAAAGAGGAGCUGGGCCAGGGUGACCACUCACGCAUGAACGGUCACGUGGAGCUGAAGAGGAGCUGUCGUGUGAGGAAGAGCCAGUUUGAACACCUCAACCAGAGCCUGCUGUUUGACCAGCUGGUCAACAGCACCGCUGAGGCCGUCCUUCAGGAGAUGGACAACAUCAGCAGCAUCAGGCAGAACCGUGAAGUGGAGCGCCUCCGUAUGUGGACCAGAGACACAGAGGAGGAAAACAUGGACAUGUACUCUCGAGUGAAGCGGAGGAAGUCGAUGCGCCGCAACACGUUCAGCCUGCCUGCGCACCACAAAGCCUUGAGUAAAACGCAGGAGGAAGAAGAAGAAGAGGGCACGGAAGAGUCUCAUGGGGAGGAAGAGGAAGAGGAUGCUGAGGAUGAGGACGACGAAGGGGAUGAAGCAGAGGAAGCAGGGGAGGGGAACGACAGGCCUUACAACUUGAGACAGCGCAAGACUGUGCAGAGAUACGAGGCUCCCCCGAUUGAGCCAGUGAACCGGAAGCAAAGCAACCCCACACUGUUUGAUACUCACAGAUCACCAGCAAGAAGAAGCCAUAUACGGAUAAAGAAACAUGCCAUCCACAGCAGCGACACAACCUCGUCCUCUGAUGAGGAGCGCUUUGAGAGAAGGAAAAGCAAGAGCAUGACUCGGGCCAGGAACAGAUGUUUGCCCAUGAACUUGACAGCGGAGGACCUGGCGAGUGGGGUCCUGCGUGAUAGGACCAAAGUGGGAGCCAGCCUGGCUGAUGUGGACCCCAUGAACCUCGACACCUCAGUGAGAUUCGACCAAGUGGGUGGCCUCAGGAAUCACAUUCAGUCCUUGAAGGAGAUGGUGGUGUUCCCACUUCUCUAUCCAGAGGUCUUUGAGAGAUUCAAGAUUCAACCUCCACGGGGGUGUUUAUUUUACGGGCCGCCAGGGACUGGAAAAACAUUGGUGGCCCGGGCGCUGGCCAACGAGUGCAGCCAGGGUGAGCGCAAGGUUUCCUUCUUUAUGCGCAAAGGGGCCGACUGCCUCAGCAAGUGGGUUGGCGAAUCGGAGCGCCAGCUGCGCCUCCUUUCUGAUAAGGCGUACAUGAUGAGGCCGUCCAUUAUCUUCUUUGAUGAAAUUGAUGGAUUGGCUCCGGUUCGCUCCAGUAGGCAAGACCAGAUUCACAGUUCCAUUGUGUCCACUCUGUUGGCCUUGAUGGACGGCCUGGACAGCCGCGGGGAGAUAGUGGUCAUUGGUGCUACCAACAGACUUGACUCGAUCGACCCGGCACUGCGGAGGCCUGGCCGUUUCGAUCGGGAGUUUCUGUUCAACCUGCCUGGCAGGAUGGCCAGAAAACACAUCUUGCAGAUCCAUACACGGGACUGGAGCCCCAAAUUGUCUGAGCCAUUUGUGGAUGAACUAGCAGAAAAAUGUGUCGGCUACUGUGGCGCCGACAUCAAAGCACUUUGCACUGAGGCGGCGUUGGUGGCACUGCGCCGCCGCUACCCCCAGAUCUACGGCAGCAGUGUCAAGCUAAAGCUGGACGUGGCCUCUAUUGUGCUGGGGCCUACAGACUUCUGUCGGGCCAUGAGGGCUAUCGUGCCGGCCUCGCAGAGGGCCCUGGCUCCCCCAGGGCGAGCGCUGUCGCCCGUCCUCAGGCCCCUGCUGGCCGGUGCCUUCUCUUUGGUGCUCACUGCUCUACGUAGAGUCUUCCCUCACGCUCAGUGUGCCGACAGGGACAUGCAAGUGGGCGGCGACAAUCAACGCCUCGAAGAGGAUGCGUACAGCGACGAUGACGACGACAAUGUCACUUCCAUCUACGAAGUCCAGCCUGCCGUGUCCCCCAUCAGUCCAUCUGCAUCCUCUGACCCCACCACGCGCAGGCCCUUUAUCCAUUGCUCUUUUUCCCCCCACCAGCAACCCACAGCCUACCGGCCCCGUCUACUCCUGGCCGGAUCCCCGGGCUCGGGACAGAGUUCCCACCUGGCCCCUGCCUUGCUGCAUCACCUGGACAAGCUGCCAGUGCACCGCCUGGACUUGCCCACCCUAUACUCCACCAGCGCCAAGACGCCAGAGGAAUCCUGUGCUCAGGUUUUCCGCGAGGCCUGCCGGAGCGUCCCCAGCGUGGUGUUUCUCCCGCACAUCUCAGAGUGGUGGGAGACUGUGAGCGACACGCUUAAGAGCACCUUCCUCUCCCUGCUGCUGGAUGUGCCCUCCUUCUCCCCCGUCCUUAUCCUCGCCACCGCGGAGACAUUGUACUCGCAGCUUUCUGAAGAGAUCAGGAGUAUGUUCCAGAAAGCCUACGGGGAGGUGGUCACCUUGCACCCUCCCGGCGAAGGAGACCGGAGGAGCUUUUUCUCUGACCUGCUGCUGGUCCAGGCGGCCAGAGCCCCACCACGCCUCAGGAAUACAGUAGAGCACUGCGAAGAGGUGCUGCCGGUGGCUGAAGCCCCGGCCCCCAGGGUACUGUCUGCUGAGGAGCAGCGUCGCUUGGCUGAGCAGGAGGAAAACACGCUACGGGAGCUCCGACUCUUUCUCAGGGAUGUCACCAAGCGGCUGGCUACUGACAAACGCUUCAAUAUCUUCAGUAAGCCCGUCGAUAUUGAAGAGGUGUCGGACUACUUGGAGGUGAUUGGGCAGCCCAUGGACCUAUCGACCGUCAUGACCAAGAUCGAUAAGCACCAGUACCUGACGGCCAAAGACUUUCUGGUGGACAUCGACCUUAUCUGCAGCAAUGCGCUAGAGUAUAAUCCUGACAAGGAUCCUGGCGACAAGGUGAUCAGGCACCGAGCGUGCAGCCUCAAGGACACGGCACAUGCUAUCUUUGCCUCUGAGCUCGACCCGGAGUUUGAUCGCAUGUGCGAGGACAUCAAAGAGGCACGCAGGAAGAAGGACCAGCAGACGCCAGCUCAGCCUGCAGCAGCAGCACCACCACCACCAGUGGUAGCAGUAUCGGCAUCACCAUCAAGAGCAGCAGCAACUCCUCCGAAUGCUCCCGGAACCAGGAGGAGCCUCCUUGCCACAGAGCAGCAGCACCAGAGCAAGGCCAGCUCUCAGGGCGAGGCCACUGAAAAUAAACCAUGCACCCCCAAUCAUAUCAAGAGGAAGCUCCGCCGACGGCCAUCUUGGGUGCGGGGCAUCAUCCGCAAGCAUAAGCACCACAAGAAGGGUGCGGAUGAACACAAAGUGGAGGAGCACACAGAGGCUGAAAUGGAAGCGGCGGGGCCCAGCGACUCUUGCCUGACGUUGGACGAGGAGUCCUCAUGCGACACCCCGGGACCCCGGACCAACGGCCACCUCCCUCAUGCCUCCUCCAUGGAGGAAGAGAGCUCCAACGAGCCCCCGGUUGGCUCCACCGAGGCCGGAAAGGAGUUGGAAGAACAAACUCUGCUGCAUUGCCUUGGCAAUGAUUCCCAUCCCCAAGCAGACGAUCACAGCCAAACCGAUGCAAAGCCUCCAAUUGAAAAAUCUGAUUGUUCUGACGCUCAACAUACGGAGUCUCUCCACAUAGCACAAGUGAAUGGGAACGAGUCGAUGGAUAGUCUGGAUCAGUGCCUGGAGAAAAACAGCAAAGACGGUGCGGAAGGGACUCCUCAGAACACUGCGGCCGAAAUAGCGUCGAAGGGGGAGCACAACAGCAUUGACGAGGGGGAAUCGAAUCAGGAGCAUUCUGGGAAAAUUGUGGAGGAAGAUCAGGACAAAGAAGGGGACGUCAAGGCAAAGAAAUGCACAAGGAGCCUGUCGGAGCAGCUGAUAGCUUUGGCCGUGAGGACUGAGGAUGAGGCCAAAGCGGCAUCCCCGCCUCCGCCGCCCCCACUUGUGGUUGAUCACAAGCAACUUUUGGUGCUGCUCAACAUGGCGGUGAGGAAGAGCGAGGGCUUCAGCGUAGAGCAAAUUGAGAGACUCUACUCGGUGCUCAGCCAGUGCAUCUUCACCCAUCGCAGAGACUACGAUAAGACGCAAUUAUUGGAGGAAAUGGAAGACAGGAUCCAGCAUUUUGACACAUUCCUGUAAGAAGCUGCGACAAAACCUCAUCAGGUAGACCCUGAGCAAGCCUCCCUUGGGACCACAGAAGACACGAAUUGAGAGUGAGGUCGAGAGACAUUCAAAUGGUGCUAUCGUCUCAGGAACAUUUACUUGGACACAACCAAACCCCCUCCCAGAGGUGUGUCUCACAUGCACGCACACACACAAGCCAAUGGUAAUGAGCGGCAACCCCGGUGCUACUAGGGUGCUAUUCUAACUGUCAUCCAUGCUGCUUAUUAUUGGCAUUUGUUAACUCGGGACAGUGAGUCCAAGAAACCAACCCCUUUCACACGCACACACACACACACACACACACAGAUCCUCACCAGCAUAAACGCUUGAACACCACUCAUAGAGUAGAUGAGGACAGAGUAAUAUUCCCAAUCAGUGAAUUCUAGACCACUGAGCCAAUCUCGCCCCGGAGCAGAUCUUUUUUUUUUCCCCGCCCCCUAAUGACUCAUAGCGUACCACCCCCACCUAUGAACCCCUGCCUCCUCAUGGUUACUUUAUGUAUCCAAGCCCUCCUUACUCCGUGUCUCAAAUCAGCAUGUGCGGAAGGCUUUAUAAAUCUCAAAUAUAAAAAAAAGACACCUAACUUCUUUGGUUGCGCGUGAUCUGCACAGGUUGCUUUUCCCACAGGACAGCGGAUAAAGUUUUUGAUGGGCGGUGUGUAAGUUUUAACGCAAACGACUUGAACCCCUCAAUUCCGAGUCAAAAGCAAUGAGAGCAUGGCAUAAGCAGCGUGAAGGGGUGUAUGAAUUUUACACAUGGCAUGCGGAGAGAGAGAUUUGCGGAUCAACCAGCUCAUUCUGUAUCAAUACCUUUUCACACAGGAUGAAGGAGCUGGUGACUCUUAAUACCCAAAAGAAACACCUUGUAGAUCUUAAUUAUUUAAAGCAGCAAAUUCUUGGGAUUGACUUCAACACUCCGUACCUUUCACAUAGGACAAAACGGUAAGACGGACAGCCUCCGGACUUGUUAGCAACUGUCAAAAGUAUUAUCGGCCCCCCGUUAGCCGCCAAAUGCAACCUGCCGAGCGUUAAGUCUAUUCUUUGAAUGCAUGAAUUGAGCGUUAUUGGAGUUAGCACCGUCACUAAGGCAGAAUUUUGUAAUUCAUUUCAUCUGCUCUCAAAACCUCGCACUGCCCAUCCAACCCGACGGUGGCCUGUUACACACGCGCACUCACAGACAUGCACACACGAACGGGGCAAGGGUUGGACAAGACGGUGGACGAAUUAUGCAAAAAAAAAAGAAAAGGCUGCCGCAAGCUACCUCAGCGUAACUUAUUGUCAACCGUUUACUCAGUACACACAAGCGGUAUUUGUUUUGUUUUUAUACUGUCGCACCAUCACUCGCAACCGUUGUCAGCGUGAAACCCAGCCAGCUCCCAAAAACUUAGCCCGACGCCCACCUGGAUGCCAUUUUACAACGUCAUUCAGACUUCUUUUCUUGUAUUUGGGCAGAUUUCAUCUCAUGUCUAUUUAUUGUAGAUGACUUACACCUUUGGGGAAAAAUAAGAUCAAACCUGUAGCAUUUUUCGGGCAUUUGUGUGUUUGCGUACGAGGGGUUUUACAUGUCUCUCAGGUUCAACACAUGCCCUUUUUUCGGCUUUUUUUUUUUUGUGUGUGUAUUUAUUUCCUGGUGUUUUUUUUUGAGUUGUUGUAUACUGGAAAUCGCGCAAAAACAGGACCAGACGUGUUGCCAAAAGAAAUAAAAUGAGAGCCACAUUUGGGAAUUAAAGACAAAGGUUAGUUUAAAUGUCAUACAUUGUGAUACUGCUUUUUUCUUAUCGUAGCCAAUUUGGACUAACAACCAAUUUUUGUCUGGUAGUUGAAAUGACUUUCUAGUCCAGUACGCCGAGCGAGAUAGAAUGAGCUGCUUCCCCCCUUCUUCCUUCUGCCACAUACCCUUGAUAUUUUUUUCUUGUGUGCGGAAAAUCUUUCAUGGCAAUGUUUGGGUUCCUUUAAAGGGUUUUUGUUUUGAUACAGGCAGCACGCUCUCAUUACCUUUUUAGUGUAAGUUAUGUUUGGAAUGGAAACACUUACUGUAUUUCUCAAAUAAAACUGCUGUGAUAUACUUGAAUAAAAAGGUGCAAAGCUG